AUGCGACGGCUGAGACCACAAGAGUCGCGCCGCCACCAUGGUAACCAAACUGUGACGGUGGUCACUUUGGGGAUUCUUUUAAUGAUCGUUGUUGGGAUUCGAAACAGAGACAACAUCGAUGAUGGUUUGGCAUUGCUCAGUCUUCAGGCAGCUUCUGCUUCUACUUCGCGAUCAUUGCGCGUCGAUUCGAUACCGCAUCUACAGGAACAGCAGCAAUCAGAGCAAGCUACACAGCAACAAGUUUCAGCGCCAAUGCAGCCAGCGGCGACGCCAGCAGCAUCCGUUUCAUCAGUAGCGUCUGUUUCAUUAGCAAGCAAACCCACUCAACCAAUUUCUUUUGAUCCAUCCACUAAAAGUCUGCAUCCAAAAUGGAAACUUUGGAAUGAAAUGAAUCAAGAACAGCAAAAGCAAGCAAUCCAGGACAUUGCACCAUACUUGAAAAAGUAUGGUCGAAUGAUCCAUUUAAAAGCCUUCAAGCUGCAUAUCCCACAAGACAAAGUCUGUGAGCUGUUUGUUCCUGGAUCAGACCAUCGUCUCUGUGGCCCAGCACCACCCAAGCCUUGCACAUUCAUGUCCUUUGGAAUCAACAAUGAUCCCAGCUAUGACAUCAAACUGGCUGAUACCUGGGGAUGCCGUGGCUUUGCAGCUGAUCCAACUAUUGUACAUCCCUCCAAGUUGCAUCCUUUGGUGACCUUCCAUAACUUUGGCCUCACAACCCUAAGGCCUAAUGAAGAAAAACUGGUUAGACCUGAAGAGGAGUGGUGGUACACUUCAAUGCCAGCAUUGAGAAAGUUCCUCAAACUGGAUUAUGUGGACAUUAUGAAAAUUGAUUGUGAGGGAUGUGAAGUGGCCUUAGCCAGGGACAUUUUGGCUGAAGAUCCAACCUUCUUUGAACACAUUGGUCAGUUGACCAUUGAAACCCAUGUCACCAAGGCCUGGAUUGAAACUUAUGAGGAACUGUACUACUUUGGCUUGCAGUUCCCACUUUUGGAAGAAGCUGGCUUUGUCAUGGUGACCUCCAUGGUAUUUGGUUGUAAUGUGAAGCAUGAAAGAUAUGGUUGCAUGCCAGAGCUUCGUGAUUGGGGCUUUGCUUGUGGCCUUGGCCCAGCCAAGAAGGUUGCCAGGAGCUGUCAUGACUUUUUGUGGGUCAAGAAGGAAAAGGCCUACAAGUACACAAAUGCAUCUGGCUAG